AUGGCUCAGUAUGCUCCAACCUUAAACCCUCCCAAUACCCUCAUCCCCAAGCUCCCAAUCCCCAACCCCUCUUUCUCUUCCAUCUCAACCUUCAGAACCCCAAAACCCAAAUCCAAAAACUUCUCAACAAUCUCCAUGUCAGUGACGGCGGGCCAAAAUCAACAGCAGCACCAGAAACCACCAUCCUUAGACGUUCUGAUCAACGGUGCUCGCAAGGAAGAGGUACUUGGUGCUAUCAAGAAUUCGUCGUCUCACUGCCUCUCCGAAACCAACCUGCAUCUCACAGUUCCCGGCCUCAAAUCCAAAACUAGAGGCAAGGUUAGAGAUGUUUAUGACAGUGGGGAUUAUCUAGUUAUGGUCACCACGGAUAGGCAAAGUGCAUUUGACAGAAUUCUUGCUUCCAUUCCCUUCAAAGGCCAGGUUCUCAAUGAGACAAGUUUAUGGUGGUUUGACAAAACUCAACACAUAACUUCAAACGCAGUUGUUUCGGCUCCAGAUGAAAAUGUAACAAUUGCAAAGAAAUGUUCUGUUUUUCCCGUUGAAUUUGUGGUCAGAGGUUUCUUGACGGGAAGUACUGAUACGUCACUAUGGACAGUCUACAAUAAUGGUGUUCGGAAUUACUGUGGCAAUGCACUCCCAGAUGGCUUGGCAAAAAGCCAAAAGCUUCCUGCAAAUAUACUCACACCAACAACUAAGGCGGCUGAUCAUGACGUUCCUGUUACCCCAGAUGAGAUCGUUGAACGUGGACUGAUGACUCAAGCCGAGUAUGAUGAAGUAAGUAGGAAAGCAUUAAGCUUGUUCGAGUAUGGACAGCGCGUAGCUCUGGAACAUGGCUUGAUUUUGGUAGACACAAAAUAUGAAUUUGGAAAGGGCCAAGAUGGUUCCAUUCUUUUGAUUGAUGAGGUGCAUACACCUGAUUCAAGCAGAUAUUGGAUUGCACGUACUUAUGAGGAGCGGUUUAAGAAUGGCCUUGAACCUGAAAAUGUUGAUAAAGAGUUCUUGAGGUUGUGGUUCAAAGAUCAUUGCAAUCCUUAUGAAGAUGAGGUCCUCCCUGAUGCUCCUGAGGAACUCGUUCGUGAGCUAUCUUGGCGUGAUCAGCAGAAAGCAUAG